AUGUGUCUGAUCGGAUGCAGCUUCCUUCUGCUAUGCUGUAGUUACGUAAUUUGUGGUAAUGAUUGGAGUUACAAUGAUAAAACCCAAUGGACUGGGCUAUGUGCGACAGGAAAACAACAAUCUCCUAUCGACGUUUCAUUCUAUGAUCUAGAAAGAAAAAAUAUUGAACCAUUAGAGUUUCAUGAUUACAACAUCACUGGAGAAAUCACCGGACUGAACAAUGGCCAUACAGAGUUGGUCCAGGGUUUUGAAUCUUGGUCCACACAACCUUACAUCACAGGUGGUGGAUUACAGGGUAAGUACUAUCUGGCUCAAUUUCAUUUUCAUUGGGAUGGUCGAGACAAUCUAGGAAGUGAGCAUACUCUGAAUCACCUUCAUUACCCAUUAGAGAUUCAUCUUUUACAUGUACAACAAGGAGUUCAUCCAUCGAAUGCAGAUAUUUAUCCGAAUUCCAUUGCAGUUGUGGCAGUUUUCUUUGAAAUGUCUGAUGAUGGAACUCCACUUGAACCAUUAACCAAUAUUCUGCGAAGGACUAUUCAAACAUCUAAGGAAUCUGUGAAUGAGGGUUAUAAUCCAAGUGAUCUUUUACCAUCGGAUACAUCUUCCUUUUUGUAUUAUAAUGGAUCUCUGACAACUCCUCCAUGUUCAGAAACUGUGCGAUGGUUUCUUAUGACACAACCCAGCAGAGUUACUGAGCUACAGCUGAAACGAUUCCGUGUUCGUCGUGGGGAACAAAGCUUAUUCUUGAUUGACAACUGGAGACCAACGCAACCAAUGAAUGGUCGUAAGGUCUACUUAUCUCAAACGAAUUCUAUACAGCCAUAG